UUCCCAAUUCCAACCUCACUUUGCUUUUAGUUUUCAAUAAUUUGCUUCAUGAUUGUUGAUUCUCACUAACAAUGAAGACAAGAAGACGAAAUUAUAACGAGGAUGAAAUUAAAGACAGACUCAGUGAUUUACCUGACUGCGUUUUACUUCACAUAUUAUCGUUUUUGAGCGCUAAAGAAUCCGUUCAAACAUGUGUUUUGUCCACAAGAUGGAAGAAUCUCUGGAAGUAUCUUCCCACCCUUACAUUAACAUCUUAUCCACAAUUUAAGACUCUCAAGGGUUUUACAAACUUCGUGUCUCGGAUUUUAUCUCUACGCGAUCACUCAACCGCACUACACACUCUCCAUUUUCACCGUCACGGUAUCGUCCAACCUCACCUACUCCAAAGGAUUAUAAAAUACGCCGUUUCACAGAAUGUCCAACAAAUGUGCAUCCAUGUCUAUUGUGAUAUUGAACAUUUUCCGCCUUGCUUCUUUUCGUGUCAAACAUUAACAUCUCUUACCCUUUAUGUUGAACAGCCUGGAAUUUUUCCUCAGAGAACAUUAUUUUCUUAUUCUCUCAAUAUGCCAGCAUUAACCAGCUUGACUCUAAGUUUUUUCAACUUUCGUGGCGGAGCCGAGCCUUUUUUGGCUUGUCCCAAGUUGAAAAGAUUGUUCAUUAGUGAUUGUGAUGUUCUUGAUAAACAAAAUCUCUACAUAUCUAGUACUACGCUUGUUGAUUUAACUAUACAUUGUUAUCCUUGGAAUGAGAUCAAAUUCUCGCUAUGCACUCCAAGUCUUUGCAGCUUUACUUUUAGGGGUAAUCCAGUUCAGAAACUCUGUGAGAGCAACAAUAACCUCUCUUCAAUCAAAUAUUUAAAUAUUCAUGUAAGAAUGGGGUCUAAUUUUGCAGAGACUUCAUUGGUUCUACUCAACUGGCUGCAAGAAGUUGCUACUAUCAAAUCAUUGACAAUCUCUUCAACUACUCUUCAUAUUCUCUCCUUAGCUCGUGAUAUAUUGAAGGUUGAGUUCCCUUUCUUUUGUAACUUGAAGUCACUGAAAGUAAAUAAGAAGUGGAGUCGAAAUUCAUUUAUACCUGAUGGAAUAGUCAAGUAUUUGCUUCGGAAAUCACCAUUAGCAGAGUUUGAAUUCAUAGAUCAUUCAAGGGAAGGUCUGCUGGGUUGGUGAAAUGAUGGCCAGUGUUCUGCUUUUUGUUUCCUUUCUGGAUUCCGAUACUGCUUGUUGAUGGAUCUUCAUACUAUUAGAUUCACUUUUUGUUUUACUCAUUUGUGCCUCUUGUUUCUGAUUGCUUAGAGGGCACACAGCAUUAAAUUUCCUUUCAAUGUAAAAAAACUAGACUAUUGGAAUCAUUGAGAUGUUUCAAUAUUUUUGAAUUUGGAUACAGUCACAACUGCCAAAUCGAAGUUUUCAAAGCUUUAGAUUCAAUAUGGCUAUUUGCUUGCUUUUUGAUUGCACAUAAUGAUAAUUUUAUUA